GUGUGCCCCGGUGUGCAUCUUCUGCUUCAUCCUCUCGACGUACCCCAGGUAUCUCAGGUGUCAACCUGGUGGGCCCCAGGUGUUCCACAGGACUGGAACCCCACCAUGGGCCCCAGGUGUGCCAGGACAGGUGCCCCAGAUCGGCCAGACCCGGCGUCCCAUCUACAGGUUGAUCAGUGAGCGCACCGUUGAGGAGAACAUCCUCAAGAAGGCCAACCAGAAGCGGCUCCUGGGCGACAUGGCCAUCGAGGGCGGCAACUUCACCACGGCCUACUUCAAACAGCAAACCAUCCGCGAGCUGUUCGACAUGGCGCCCGAGGACGCGGCCCGGGACAGAGGGGACGGCGACGGCGACCGGGGGACGGACGGACAGCGGGACAGGGGGACGGACGGACAGCGGGACAGGGGGACGGACGGACAGCGGGACAGGGGCACGGAUGGACAGAGGGACAGGGGGACGGACGGACAGAGGGACGGGGGGACGGACGGACAGAGGGACAGGGACGGCGCCGAGGACGACGAGGACCCCACGGCCAGCAGGAGGACGCACAUCCUGGAGCAGGCUCUGUGCGGGGCCAAGGACCCCGAGGACAUCCGCGCCGCCUCGCAGGCGCAGGCCGAGCACGUGGCCCCAAU